AUGAAGAGUAGGUACCAAGUAGAUCCCGGUGAAGGUUACUGGACCACAAUCAAGAAUAUCUUUAAGUACUUAAGAAGAACUAAUGAUACGUUCCUAAUAUAUGGAGGUGAGGAAGAGUUAAGUGUAAAAGGUUACACUAAUGCCAGCUUCCAAAUCGACAAGGACGAUUCUCGAUCACAAUCAGGUUUUGAGUUUUUCCUUAAUGGUGGUGCUGUGAGCUGGAAGAGUUUAAAGAAAAGUAUAGUAGCCGAUUCUACAAUAAAGGUUGAGUAUAUUGCAGCCAGUGAGGCAGCAAAGGAAGCGGGUACUUCAAAUAUGUGCUUAGAGUUUAAAAGAAGCCAAAAGGGUUUAGUCGGAUAUGUUGAUUCAGAUUAUGCAAGAUACAUGGCAAUCACUGAUGCUGUAAAGGAAGUAAUUUGGUUAAGAGGCCUGUUUAGUGAAUUGGUUAAUGAAAAAGGGGCAACUGCUGUAUAUUGUGAUAGUCAAAGUGCCAUAUAUCUCACCGAAGAUCAAAUGCAUCACGAAAGGAAAAAGAACAUAAACAUUCAUUAUAACUUUGUUCAAGAGGUGAUUGUUCAGUAG